GUACAAUUUCGGGAUUUGGCAGGAUGUAACGAACGUGUAAGAAACAGAGCGCGUCCUUCUCACCGUGUGCGAUAAUCGACAACAAGCAGCGCGACAACAACAAAACAACAAAAAAUAUAAUAAAAAAAAAAAAAAAUCCGUAAAAAUCUAACAAAUCGUUUGGAUCAAUUUUCGAGUGAUAUAACAAAGUAUCUUAAGAAAUAGCUAAGAUACAUGCAUAAAAGAAAUCCCGGCAAAGUGAUUUUAGUCAAGUUGAGAAAGCAAAAACCAAAUCGUCGGAAUCUUCGGCUUGCCUCGGUUCUACAUCGCCCCCCCCAACGCCUCCCCCUUUUGUUGUACUCGUAUGUGUACUUGUUUUUGUGAGCGUGUUUUGCCGCAAGCCGGUUAAAAAUUUUUGCCAUAAUUACACCCACCCACAAUAAGGGUUAAAAUUCUCGCGAAACGUAAUUAACAAAGAACAAAUAAUGCCAACGAUACCUAAAAUACCUGGCAGAUGAAUCGGAAAUCAAGCGGCUAACAGCAUUAAAUCACAACAGAAAUACAUAAAUCAAUAAGAGAAACAAAUAAACUGCAUAUCUCAGAUUAUAUUUUAGAUAUAAAUGAUAUAAAUAUAAGAGUUCUUUAAGUAUUAAGUUCAAGCUUAGGCAGGUAAAUGUAUUUGGUCAGAUAAGUAACAACAGCUUCCCUCCACAUGGUAACCAUAAAAUGAUGGCGAUAUCAUCGCUGCGACAACUGUAAUAAACUCAACUUGGCGAUUGGCAACACAACACAACACAAUGUCGACAACAAUCAAUAUGUGUGAUCAACGACGACAACAACAACAACUUUUACAACUGAAUGCGACGUGACGACAACAAUUGCAAAUAUUUAUAACGCAUACGACAUGUUGGUAUCAUGCCAAUAAUGAUGAUGACAUCGCAUUUACUAACACGUCUUGUAAUAUCCGAUGAUUUUCGGCUUGCGAAAAUGUAUUUAACGAACGAUUGAAACACUGAUAACUUAACUGCGUCUAAAAACCAACAUAAAAUCGACAACAAUUACAAAUCUCACACGCACCUUCGACACACUUUACUCACAAACACACACACACACAAUCUGCACUAUCCCACUUUCACAAAAAAAACAACAAACCCACUUGAAACAAAUUGUUUGUGUUGAUUUUUCCUAUCGACUUUCCAUCUCGGCACCUGCAGCAAAAGCUAAAGUGCCAUCGAGCGAGUGAGUGAGUCCGUCAGCCAAAGAGUAAGUCUGACAGAGACGAAAGCCUGUGUAAAUAAAAGCAUUUAAAAUUAUUAAGCAUUGUUGUUGUUGUUACCAACUGUCGUCGACCCCCUAAAAUUUCCGGCCACUCAAAUAUAGCGAAAUAAUGGGUCUGCAGGUGACAGCAGCCAGUCCAAUUGCAGCUUCCAGCCUAUUUGUGUUGUUCUUGCUCACCUGGACGCCCCCAAUCGUCGAUGCAGCCCAUGCGAAUUAUUCGGAUAUACCAUAUAUACAAUAUCUGACACAUCCACCGGAGAUCAUCAGGAAGCCGCAAAAUCAGGGCGUUCGAGUGGGCGGCGUGGCGAGCUUUUAUUGUGCGGCACGCGGAGAUCCCCCGCCAUCGAUUGUGUGGCGCAAGAAUGGCAAAAAAGUUUCGGGAACCCAGUCGCGUUACACGGUGCUGGAACAGCCCGGCGGGAUUUCCAUACUCCGAAUCGAGCCAGUACGGGCGGGACGCGAUGAUGCCCCCUACGAGUGUGUGGCCGAGAACGGCGUGGGCGAUGCCGUUUCCGCAGAUGCAACUUUAACCAUCUAUGAAGGCGAUAAAACACCCGCAGGCUUUCCGGUUAUAACGCAGGGUCCAGGCACUCGCGUCAUUGAAGUGGGUCACACGGUCCUCAUGACAUGCAAAGCCAUCGGCAAUCCGACGCCGAACAUUUACUGGAUUAAGAACCAGACAAAGGUUGAUAUGAGCAAUCCCCGCUACUCACUUAAAGACGGCUUCCUACAAAUCGAAAACAGCCGCGAGGAGGAUCAAGGCAAAUACGAAUGUGUGGCUGAGAAUUCCAUUGGCACAGAGCACUCGAAAGCCACGAAUUUGUAUGUGAAAGUCCGUCGUGUUCCGCCCACUUUCUCCCGCCCCCCAGAGACCAUCAGUGAGGUGAUGUUGGGCUCCAAUCUGAAUCUAUCCUGUAUUGCCGUUGGCUCACCCAUGCCGCAUGUCAAGUGGAUGAAGGGCUCUGAAGAUCUGACACCCGAGAAUGAGAUGCCUAUAGGUCGAAAUGUCUUGCAAUUGAUAAAUAUUCAAGAGAGCGCCAAUUACACUUGCAUAGCAGCCUCCACUUUGGGGCAAAUUGAUUCCGUUUCGGUGGUUAAAGUGCAAUCUCUUCCCACUGCACCCACCGAUGUGCAAAUAUCCGAGGUGACCGCCACUUCGGUGCGUCUGGAGUGGUCUUACAAGGGUCCCGAGGACUUGCAGUACUACGUCAUCCAGUACAAGCCGAAGAAUGCCAACCAGGCCUUCAGCGAGAUUAGCGGCAUCAUCACCAUGUACUAUGUGGUCCGUGCAUUGAGUCCCUAUACGGAGUACGAGUUCUACGUGAUAGCCGUGAACAAUAUUGGACGUGGACCGCCAUCGGCACCGGCGACUUGUACCACCGGCGAUUUCUCAUUCGGUGGCACAAAAAUGGAAAGUGCACCACGUAAUGUUCAAGUGCGCACGCUGAGCUCGUCCACGAUGGUUAUUACUUGGGAACCACCAGAGACGCCCAAUGGACAAGUGACCGGCUACAAGGUGUACUACACGACGAACUCGAAUCAGCCGGAGGCGUCGUGGAACUCGCAGAUGGUCGACAACAGCGAACUGACGACGGUUUCCGAGCUGACGCCCCACGCCAUCUACACGGUGCGGGUUCAGGCAUACACCUCCAUGGGAGCCGGUCCGAUGUCCACGCCGGUCCAGGUGAAGGCCCAGCAAGGUGUGCCAUCGCAACCGAGCAAUUUCCGGGCAACCGAUAUCGGCGAGAACGCAGUCACAUUGCAAUGGACAAAGCCGACGCAUUCCAGCGAGAAUAUCGUUCAUUACGAGCUCUACUGGAAUGACACAUAUGCCAAUCUGGCCCAUCAUAAACGCAUUUCCAACUCAGAAGCUUAUACCCUCGAUGGUUUAUAUCCCGAUACCCUGUUCUAUAUCUGGUUGGCGGCAAGGUCACAGAGGGGCGAGGGGGCCACCACCCCGCCGAUUCCAGUUCGCACCAAGCAAUAUGUACCAGGUGCACCGCCUCGAAAUAUCACCGCCAUAGCGACCAGUUCGACGACUAUAUCUUUGAGCUGGCUGCCGCCGCCCGUCGAAAGAUCGAACGGUCGGAUCGUAUACUAUAAGGUGUUCUUCGUGGACGUGGGUCGCGAAGAUGAUGAGGCCACCACGAUGACCCUCAAUAUGACCAGCGUUGUGCUGGACGAGCUGAAGCGCUGGACCGAAUACAAGAUCUGGGUCCUGGCCGGCACCUCCGUCGGCGAUGGUCCUCGAUCGCAUCCGAUCAUAUUGCGAACCCAAGAGGAUGUGCCCGGCGAUCCACAAGAUGUUAAGGCCACGCCCCUGAACUCCACAUCGAUCCACGUGAGCUGGAAGCCGCCUCUAGAAAAGGACAGGAAUGGCAUCAUCCGGGGUUAUCAUAUACAUGCCCAGGAAUUGAGAGAUGAGGGCAAGGGCUUCCUCAACGAGCCCUUCAAGUUCGAUGUGGUGGACAUGCUGGAGUUCAAUGUGACUGGUCUGCAGCCGGACACCAAGUACUCCAUCCAGGUGGCCGCUUUGACCCGCAAAGGCGAUGGCGAUCGGAGUGCGGCGAUUGUGGUGAAAACCCCGGGAGGCGUUCCCAUUCGACCAACGGUGAGUCUGAAGAUCAUGGAGCGGGAACCGAUUGUCUCCAUCGAACUGGAGUGGGAGCGACCGGCGCAGACUUACGGCGAACUGAGGGGCUAUCGCCUUCGCUGGGGAGUCAAGGAUCAAGCUCUCAAGGAGGAGAUGCUCUCAGGACCUCAGUUGACCAAGAAACGCUUCGACAAUCUGGAACGCGGCGUGGAGUACGAAUUCCGAGUGGCGGGCAGCAAUCACAUUGGCAUCGGUCAGGAAACAGUGAAAAUAUUCCAGACCCCAGAAGGAACACCAGGUGGACCGCCCUCGAACAUCACCAUUCGCUUCCAAACCCCGGACGUUCUAUGCGUCACCUGGGAUCCACCAACCAGGGAGCAUCGCAAUGGCAUUAUCACCCGCUACGACGUGCAGUUUCACAAGAAGAUCGAUCAUGGUUUGGGUUCCGAACGGAAUAUGACGCUCCGCAAGGCGGUCUUCACGAAUCUCGAAGAGAACACGGAGUACAUAUUCCGAGUGAGAGCCUACACGAAACAGGGAGCAGGGCCCUUCAGCGAAAAGAUGAUCAUCGAAACGGAGAGGGACAUGGGUAGAGCUCCAAUGUCCUUGCAGGCGGAGGCAACCUCUGAGCAAACGGCGGAAAUUUGGUGGGAACAGGUGACGAGUCGUGGAAAGCUCCUGGGUUACAAGAUCUUCUACACAAUGACCGCCGUCGAGGAUCUGGACGAUUGGCAAACGAAAACGGUGGGACUCACGGAAUCCGCUGAUCUCGUUAACCUAGAGAAAUUUGCUCAAUAUGCGGUGGCAAUUGCAGCGAGAUUUAAGAAUGGAUUGGGGCGACUAAGUGAGAAGGUAACGGUGCGCAUAAAACCGGAGGAUGUGCCAUUGAAUCUGCGUGCCCACGAUGUCAGCACCCAUUCGAUGACCCUCAGCUGGUCACCUCCGAUCCGCUUGACUCCCGUGAACUACAAGAUCAGCUUCGAUGCCAUGAAGGUGUUCGUGGACUCGCAGGGAUUCUCGCAGACGCAGAACGUCCAGAAGCGUGAGAUUCUCCUCAAGCACUAUGUGAAAACGCACACGAUCAACGAACUGAGUCCCUUCACCACCUACAAUGUGAACGUGAGUGCCAUUCCCUCGGAUUACUCCUACCGACCGCCCACCAAGAUCACAGUCACCACUCAAAUGGCUGCUCCACAGCCGAUGGUCAAGCCGGAUUUCUACGGCGUGGUUACUGGCGAGGAGAUCCUGGUGAUUCUGCCGCAGGCCUCCGAGGAGUACGGACCCAUCUCUCACUACUACUUGGUGGUAGUGCCGGAGGACAAGUCCAAUCUGCACAAGAUACCCGAUCAGUUUCUCACCGAUGACUUGUUGCCGGGUCGGAAUAAACCGGAGCGUCCGAAUGCCCCCUACAUUGCAGCCAAGUUCCCCCAGCGCUCGAUUCCCUUCACCUUCCACUUGGGAUCGGGAGAUGAUUACCACAACUUCACCAAUCGCAAGUUGGAGAAGGAGAAGCGCUAUCGCAUCUUCGUGCGUGCAGUGGUGGACACUCCGCAGAAGCAUCUCUACACUUCGAGUCCGUUCUCUGAGUUUCUAUCGCUGGACAUGCGGGAAGCGCCGCCGGGUGAACGACCCCACCGACCGGAUCCCAACUGGCCAUCCGAGCCGGAGGUCUCUGUGAAUCGCAACAAGGACGAACCUGAGAUCCUAUGGGUGGUUCUCCCCCUGAUGGUAUCCACCUUUAUUGUAUCCACUGCCUUGAUUGUUCUCUGUGUGGUGAAGCGUCGCCGGCAACCUUGCAAGACUCCCGAUCAGGCAGCGGUGACUCGACCACUGAUGGCCGCCGAUUUGGGUGCGGGUCCCACGCCCAGUGAUCCCGUGGAUAUGCGAAGGCUGAACUUCCAGACACCCGGAAUGAUCUCCCAUCCGCCGAUUCCCAUUUCGGAGUUCGCCAACCACAUCGAACGGCUCAAGUCCAACGACAAUCAGAAGUUCUCGCAGGAGUACGAGAGCAUCGAGCCGGGUCAGCAGUUCACCUGGGACAACUCCAAUCUGGAGCACAAUAAAUCGAAGAAUCGCUAUGCCAACGUGACCGCCUACGAUCAUUCCCGCGUCCAAUUGCCGCCGGUGGAGGGAGUAGCGGGUUCGGAUUACAUCAAUGCCAACUACUGCGAUGGCUAUCGGAAGCACAAUGCCUAUGUGGCCACCCAGGGACCGCUGCAGGAGACCUUCGUGGACUUCUGGCGCAUGUGCUGGGAGCUCAAGACGGCGACGAUUGUGAUGAUGACGCGGCUGGAGGAGCGAACGCGCAUCAAGUGCGAUCAGUAUUGGCCGACACGAGGAACGGAGACCUACGGCCAGAUAUUUGUGACCAUCACGGAGACCCAGGAGCUGGCCACCUACAGCAUUCGCACGUUCCAGCUGUGCCGGCAGGGCUUCAACGAUCGCCGCGAGAUCAAGCAGCUGCAGUUCACCGCCUGGCCGGAUCACGGUGUCCCCGAUCAUCCGGCUCCCUUCCUGCAGUUCCUCCGCCGCUGUCGCGCCCUCACACCUCCCGAAUCCGGACCCGUGAUCGUUCACUGCUCGGCGGGAGUGGGUCGCACCGGGUGCUACAUCGUCAUCGAUUCGAUGCUGGAGCGCAUGAAGCACGAGAAGAUCAUCGACAUCUAUGGGCAUGUCACUUGUUUGCGGGCGCAGCGGAAUUACAUGGUGCAGACGGAGGAUCAGUACAUCUUCAUACACGACGCCAUCCUGGAGGCCAUCAUCUGUGGGAUGACCGAGGUGCCGGCACGCAAUCUGCACACCCACCUGCAGAAGCUGCUGAUUACGGAACCCGGCGAGAGCAUCUCGGGCAUGGAGAUCGAGUUCAAGAAGCUGUCCAACGUCAAGAUGGACUCGUCCAAGUUCGUCACUGCGAAUCUGCCGUGCAACAAGCACAAGAACCGGCUCGUUCACAUCCUUCCCUACGAAUCCAGUCGCGUCUACCUGACCCCCAUCCAUGGCAUCGAGGGCAGUGACUAUGUGAACGCCAGCUUCAUCGACGGCUAUCGCUAUCGGAACGCCUACAUCGCCGCCCAGGGUCCUGUGCAGGAUGCCGCCGAGGACUUUUGGCGCAUGCUCUGGGAGCACAACUCCACCAUUGUGGUCAUGCUGACCAAGCUCAAGGAAAUGGGCAGGGAGAAAUGCUUCCAGUACUGGCCACAUGAGCGAUCCGUGCGCUAUCAGUAUUAUGUCGUGGAUCCCAUUGCGGAGUACAAUAUGCCGCAGUACAAGCUGCGUGAGUUCAAGGUCACCGAUGCACGAGACGGAUCCUCGCGCACUGUGCGCCAGUUCCAGUUCAUAGAUUGGCCGGAGCAGGGAGUGCCCAAGUCGGGCGAGGGCUUCAUCGACUUCAUCGGUCAGGUGCACAAGACCAAGGAGCAGUUUGGCCAGGACGGACCCAUCACCGUCCACUGUUCGGCGGGCGUGGGCCGGUCGGGUGUGUUCAUCACCCUGAGCAUUGUCCUGGAGCGGAUGCAGUACGAGGGAGUCCUCGAUGUCUUCCAGACAGUGCGCAUCCUGCGCUCCCAGCGACCGGCUAUGGUGCAAACCGAGGACCAAUACCACUUUUGCUAUCGCGCUGCAUUGGAAUACUUGGGCUCAUUCGACAACUAUGCAAACUGAGGGCACUAAACCUCCGGAUUGAAGAACCCCUUCGACCCUGCGUUCGUUGCAUACUGAUUUCGAACUCUACGCAUAAUACGCAUUUACGAUAUACACGGAUAUCAUAAACUCUAAAGUAUUAUAGCCAGCUACUGCCCACACUUACUUAAUACACCUAUACUUAUAUACGUGGAUAUGUUUAGUUGAUAAGUGCAUUCCCCGGCAGCAGAUGCAGAUUAUCUCACCAUUAGCGAUUAUUUCCGGGGGCCCUUCGGUCUUUUACUGCGUUUUGCGUUUGAUUUAAUUGAUAAUGUAAACUUAAAAAGACUGUUACACGUUUAAUUAUCAGAAAUGAAUAUAUCAGCCCAUAUAUACUUCUAUAUGUGCGUCAAGUUUUUGCUCGCUAAACGAAGGAGGAAGUCAAUCAACUUGUUGUUCGUGGAAACUGCCGCCAGAAUGGCCAUGGAUUAGGGCAAACCACUGGAAACCGAUACAUAUUUGAACUAAGGACUUGGUAGAUAUUAGUCUUACCGCCUAACUCGAAUCUCGAACGAAAGGAUAGGGUCGAAAGUAGAAACCAUUUGAACGAAAUCGCAAACUUCUGGCGUUCGCCAUUAUAAUAUAGAGACGUAUUAAGUAAUACAAUCAAUCGAGUGCAGCUAUGUUAAUCAGUUUUUAUGCCUAGGUUGUUGGAUAACCAAUAUAAACAAUCCGUGCAAUUAGUCAAAAGUCUUGCCGAGUGCAUAUUAAAUAAGGCAGCUAGUUUCUAAAAUAAGUUUUCAAACACGACUUGCGUUUUGAUCUCCCUUAAACAAGAUGACGAACUUGGAGGACUGAUCGAUUUUGUGCAGCUAACAGACGGUUUUAAUUUUGUAAACGUAACUUCCAGCUGAUCGGCUAAUUGGAACUUUAACCUCAUUCAUUCCCACGGCUCCUUUUCAUUUACCCAGUACAUUCCUGUAUAUACCACACUUUAUACCCAAGCAAGCUAGCCACGUAUGUACGAGUAUGUGUAAUUUAGAUCGAAAAGCUAAACAAUUAUUGUACCUAAGGUGUAUGAAAGCAUAGAUAAUAACCAAGCGAACAGAACAGAUUAGAAUGAUAACUGUAGAUAUGUACUGUAGCAUAUAAUUUUUACCAUAAAAUAUAGCAGCACACGCAAGGAUAAAGGAUAAAACGAGACACUGGCAAUAGGUCUUAAGGUACACAAAGAUGUAUAUAACUGAUAAGCUGUUUUGCAGAACGUUUGAAUUCGGCCUCGUAUUUAUACAUAAAUAUAUAAAGAAAAAGUUAGCAAGCAAAUGCUUAAAAGCAAACACUAAAUUAUUAGCUGAAACACAUGUUAAACAACAAUAGUCAUAUGUAAACUAAAUAUUUAUACGAAAUAAAUGUAUUUGUUAUAACUACUUUAGCGCGUUGCCCCUGCCAAUUGGAUCGGAAGUGUUAGCAAGUAGUUAAUUGUGCGGCGAUGUUGGCCGGCUGGGCAUGUUUGGAAUAAAACAAGAGAUACAAAAUUAAACUAUAGCGCUAGCAACAAUAGAUGUCUAGAUAAAGAUAUUCCCGCAGGGUGUUGCAAUCGUAUUAAACAUAACGUAUAAAUCAAUUGAAAAGUAUAUUGUAUAUUACACAAAUUUGUCGGCUUGUCAAAUUUUGUUAAAAUAUAAAUUGUUUUAUAUAUUUUACCAAAUAGAAAGAUAUAACAAUUUUAAAGGUAACAUGAUACACAGACAAGCAAACAUUAUAAUGAUUAUACUAAUCAAGCAACAGAUGAGCGUAUGUAUUUCGCAUUAAUGUAUGAGUAAGAAUAUCAUAUUAUGUUAAAAAGUACCAUACAAAUAAUAUAUCAUUUUCAAAAAACUGCAAAACCGAAUGAAAAAGAAAUAAUAAAUGACGAAAUAAAAUAA